AUGAGCAGAAACGGCGGAGUCAUGUCGACACAGGGAGCCUCAGAUUCGGUGCAAGAGUGGCUUCGUUUGCGAGCGUUGGCAAGAUACUUUGCUCCCUACAAUAUCACGGCCGACGAUGUCAAUGUCGAACGCGGCGAACCAGCGCCGCCGUCGCUGGCCGAGAGCCCCCUCCUGACGGCCGUGACGCAGAAUGGCGCAUUGCGCAUGAACUGCGACCGCGCCUUUGUUUCGCUCAUCGAUUCCAAUACGCAGUACAUCCUCGCCGAAGCAACAAGGUCCAUCUCGAUUCGCGACUCGACCCGUUUCGCCAACCCCCAAGAUGCCCUCUUCCUUGGUGUGCAGAGUCUGAAUAAGGAGUAUGGCAUCUGCCCACAAUCCGUCGCCAUCUUCACCGACCGGACCGGUCGCAGAGCCAUCAACACCCAUGGCGUCGUCGCCAAUACCACUCGCUAUGUGAUCCGCGACUUGAGGGAGCUCGACCAGUACAAACACUGCCCCUAUGUUGUUGGCUUCCCACACAUGGUCUCGUACGCCGAGGUGCCCGUCAAGAGCGCCAGUGGCCACAUACUUGGAACAUACUGUGUCAUGGACAACAAGAUCCGCGACGACUUCUUCAACGACAGUACCAUCGACGUACUUAAUGACAUUGCAGCGUGCAUCACCGAGCAAUUGGAGCUUCAUGCCAUCAGGCAAGAGUCUGGUCGAGGGGUACAAAUGAUGAGGGGCUUGUCCGAGUUCAUCGAAAGCAGAAGAGCAAGAGCAGACAGCACCGGUGCCACAUCACGAAAGAGCUCUCUAAACAACAUCACAGAUUAUCUCGAAGGCCAGCAGCAGCAAUCAGAAGCCUUGUCAUCCUCGACUUCGCCGGAUUCUGAGAAGCAGAGUUCUGAUGACGCUUCAACUCAUCUCACGACCCCACCAACCCCCGCUGAGCAUAUUUUGUCCUUGUCCAGCCCUGGAGUCUGCGAACCGGCACUAGACAUGCACCAUAAUCCCCGAGCGGGCUACCAAACUAUGAAGGACAUAUACUCAAGUGCCGCUCAUCUCAUCCGGGACGCCAUUGAUGUCGAGGGGCUGGUCUUCCUGCAUGGAUCCACUAACAACGUAUUGACUGGCUUCACACAUCCUCUAUCGGAAUCGAAGUCAGCUGCAGGAAUCUCUGUCAACAACACGACAUCAUCGGUUUGCGAGGUUCUCGGAAGCUCCGUCGUACCUGGGGGCUGCAAUCUUGGUACCUUGCAGCAGCCCUUGGUCAUCCAUGAUACUUCACUCAACUAUCUCAUUCGGAACUUCCCCCGGGGUUGCGUCUUUGUGUCCGACACUCAGGGCAAUCCCGUGUUUGAGAAGGAGGGUGCUUUCAUUGCUCAGACUUACUCUCAGCAGACCUCAUCUGUCCCUGUCAAAGUGUCUGGCGAGCUUCAAUCGCUGAUCCGCAAAGCUCGUUCCUUGAUAUUCCUCCCUCUCUGGGACUCCAUGCAGGAGAGUUUCAUCGUAGGCAUGCUUGGCUGGACCAGCGAUCCUACGCGAGUACUUGCAGAGCAGGACAUGACUUGUCUGUCCGCCUUCGGCAACACCUUCAUGACCGAGAUCGCAAGGACCGAGAUGACCGAAUUGGCUCGCGCCAAGUCUGAUUUCCUCUCCUCAAUCAGUCACGAGCUUCGAUCACCUCUUCAUGGAAUCCACGCUGCUGUUGAUCUCUUGCAAGAUCCGGAAAAUGACUCCAAACUCGAGUUGGUUGAAAUGAUCCAGAGCUGUUCCUCCACGCUCCUGGACACGCUGAACCAUGUACUGGACUUUUCACGAAUCAACAAACUUACCGAUGUCACAAUCGAGGCACAACCCCUCUCUAGUGCUGAAAAGCAAGAGGCUAAUCAAAAUGCCUUCGGAGACAUGAGUCAAGAACACCUCUGCGACCUUGUCCUCUCAGUAGUCGAAGGAGUACACUUCGGCCAAGCCUCCCGAAAGGCCACUUUCGAUAGGUUACAAAGCACCAUCGUCGACCAGGUCGCCAAAUCCAGUCUCGCCCAGGAAUCGCCGUUGAUCAGUCCUGUCAGCAAUAAGGUGCCUCUAUCACAAGCCUCCGAUACUGUUGCCGUCUAUGUCGACAUUGAGAGCCGAUCGGAUUGGUGCAUGAUGGUCUGUGCCGGCGCUUGGAAACGACUGGUCAUGAAUCUCUUCGCCAACGCUUUGAAGUACACUCGUCAAGGAUUUGUCGAGGUAUCAUUGAAAGUGCUGUUAGACCCCAGGAACCCUACCAAGCGUCGCGCUCAUCUCAUGGUCAGCGAUACGGGCAUUGGCAUGAGUCCCGACUUCUUGAACCGAAGUCUCUACCAACCAUUCGUGCAGGAGAACCCAAUCGCUGAUGGAACUGGACUUGGACUCAGUAUCGUCAAGAAGAUCGUGGAAGAUUUGCAAGGCACAAUUGAAGUCCAAAGCACACAAGGUCUUGGAACGCGCUUUGACGUNCUUUUGCCCCUCCCAGAUCAUAUCCCGUCAGAAGGACUUUUGCCAGUUGGCGGACAGAGACUGGAUCCGAAGGGGAUACUCAAAGAUCGCUCCAUCUGCUUGUUAUCACCGUUCGGUAUGCCCGGGGACGCGGAUGCUGAGCUGCGACUUCGACGCACGACAACGAUGCAAUCAUAUGUGCGCUUCAUCGCAGAAAACUGGUUUGGUAUGGAGGUCGUAAUCAGCGACAGCUUGAGAGCUAUAGAUAACGAUGUCAAUAUCGUUAUUGUCGAAGAGAUACAUCUCGCUGAUAUAAUCCACGCCAACCCAGACAUCCUGGAAAAGCUCAGCGGGCAACGCCUAGUCUUGGUAGAUGCUCUUCCGUCUCACCAUCCCAAAAAGAUCCGGCUUCCUGGCAGUAUCGUGAAUCUAGCAUACCCACUCAGCCCGAAAGCGCUUUUCCGUGCACUCACUGCAAGUUCGAACGCAACGAUAGGGCCACGACUUCUGUCACCGAAGCCUAUCACUGCCUCGGAAUCUCUCAAACCGGUGCAACAUGUCGAACAAACCAUCACAGUCAAGCUGGAAAUACAAGCUUCACCAAAGGCGUUUGGCCCGACAGGCCAGGAACAUGACCUUUGUGGACCUGGCGCUACAACACCGCAAAAGCAACAACACUUCCUCCUUGUCGACGACAACGCAAUAAACCUUCGCCUUCUCUCGACCUUUAUGAAAAAGCUCGGGUUUACCUCCGAAACCGCCGUCAACGGGCUGGACGCCUUCGAAAAGUUCAAAGAGGCAUCGUCAAAAUUCACGACCAUCCUCAUGGACAUCAGUAUGCCUGUGAUGAACGGCUUCGAGUCCAGCCGUGCGAUACGAAGUCAUGAGAAGAUGUUGGGGAUGAAAGCGGUAAGGAUUAUUGCUCUGACGGGACUUGGGUCUGAGGCUUCGAAGCAGGAGGCCAAGAUGAGUGGGAUUGAUGAGUUUCAUACCAAGCCGGUCAAGUUCAACGCGUUGAAAGAACUUUUGGAAAAGUAG